AUGGCACCCAAAGCUAAAUCCGAGACUCUCCUUGGCCUGUCGAUGGCCGAUGCAAGAAUAAUCAUCCUGGGAACCCUCCUCGACCCAGGAAAGAUUGACUACGAAAAGCUUGCCCAGAAAGGGGGCUACAAGAACGCUGCUUCUGCCAGUACCACGUACCGCAAUGCGAGACGCAAGCUGGUCGAACUCCACGGUGCAGACAUGACUAACAAUGACGCCUCUGCUGCGCCUACCGCUGAUGGCCAGAGCACGAACGAAACCCCCAAGAAGGCUCCUGCCAAGCGUAAGAGUAAGGCGGCUGCAGCUGAAGCCGAUCCGGGUGCUGCUUCGCCUGACGGUGCUGCCGAGGGAGCAGAGACUGCUGUCCCCAAGCCGAAGCGCCAGAGAAAGGCCCCCACGAAGAAGGCAGCUGCUGUCAAGGCUGAGAAGGAAGAGAACGGCGAUGACACCCCCGUCAAAGCCGAAGCCAACCCUCAGACCGAGAACCACAUUGUCAAGAAAGAAGAAGAUAUGGACGAUGAUCUCGACGACACCAAUAUUGAAGCAGAGAUCGAUGCCAUGGAUGACACUCCGGCGUAUGUCAAGCACGAGGACCCUUUCGUCGCUUGA